AUAAAUGCGACCAUGACCCAGGGUAAAAGGAGAUGCGUCGUCUCACUGCGGUCAGGCCCCAGUGCUCUUCCGACCCAAAUCGCGUAGCAGCGGCCUCCACUUGCUCCCGAGAGAUCCAAAUCGCGAGCGCCCCCAUCUCCAUCCCCAUCCCCACUCCGCGAGAUCCAAAUCGCCCCGCCUCCGCCGCCCCCGCCGCCGCCAUGGCCUUCCUCGCGCGGGCGCUCCGCCACUCCAAGCCCUACCUCUCAUCCUGCAACCCGUCGGUGGCCGCCUCCUACCGCUGGAUCUGCCCUAUUGCCGCCUCGGGGUCGCCGGAGGCCGGCGCGGCCGUCGCGCCCGCCGAUCCGGAGCUGCCGCCGCGGGAGCCCGUCGGCGACACGCGCGUCGAGCUGCCCAGCAACCUGGAGGACGUCCUCGAGGUGUUCGUUGACGGGCACGCCGUCAAGGGCUCCUGCGAGGUCGCCGGCGUCGACAUCCCGUGAUUCUGCUACCACAGCCGACUCUCCAUCGCCGGGAACUGCAGCAUGUGCCUCGUGGAGGUCGAGAGGUCGCCGAAGCCCGUCGCCUCAUGCGCCAUGCCAGCGCUCCCAGGAAGCAACGAUGACUAAUCAAGGACUUGGUUUGGGUAAACGGGUUCUCGAAGGUGCACCUUCAAUUGUAGCAGCAGGCGUUGCACGAAAGACAGCACGUGACAUCGACCAUUUCCUGGGGUAUCUUGAGCGCAUAGAUCCCCUCCUCAUCAAGCGAGUGGCCUAACUAUCCAUGAUAUCAGACAUUUCCAUCUUCACUAUGUCAUUAGGCGUUUCUCCUAACUACUGUAACCAUCCAUUGGUUUCUUAUUAAUCUACAUUAUCACUUUCAUACUGCCAACUUAGAAUUUUGGUAUUUCUUCCAUUCUUUUGUUGCUUUUGGCAGAAUUAGCAAGUUUAUUUACACAUUUGUAACCAGGAUGUCUGUUUGGAAGUUGGAACAUGAUAUUUUGCUUUAAGCAAUGUUUUGACUGCUUUA